CCAUUAUGGGAAAAAUUCUAUUCGAGUAAAAUGCUAUCCUCCGAGUUGUAUGGAAAGUCCACCAGAAUUAUUAUUAUUCAGUUAAUAAUCCACUUGGCACAAGGAGCAAGAAAAUGGGACUAUGAACCCAUAUCGAUCACCGCCACCUCCUCGGAUGACAGUCAACUGGAGAUGACGGCCAAAAUAGAGAGGAUGGGACGCGGGGAAUUCGGAUUAACGGCUGUCAUAGACUGGAAAUAUGAUACAGAUGAAAAGACCAUGGUGGAAGCUUCAGCUUAUCGGAGUAGCUCGGGAGAUGAAAGCGAUUAUAAGCUACUGCCCUGGGCAAUUCCGAAACAGCCCUUCUAUGAAUACCUCAAUACCUACUACAAGGAUGUGAUUGUCAAGAAUCUGGGCCAUUGCUCCAAUCUUCCACAGUUUGAGGGAAAAUUCCAGCCCCCAUGGCCGAAGAAUAAGUAUAAAAUCGACAAGUGCCAGGUAGAUGGGGAUGGCCUGCCCGAAAUAGCACCUCCUGGCUACUACAAGAUCAUAUUUUGGACCUAUGGUCCGGAUCCCCAACCUAAGUGGGGUUUUACGGCAGUUUUUAAGCUGACCAAUAAAAUGUUUUAAAUGUCAGAAGGGGAUCAGGUUCAAGAUGAAAUAAAUCAGAAAUAUAUAAUUUUCAUACAGAAAAAU